UGAGUGGCAGAGGAGGUAAAGAGUAGCGCGUUCUCGUAGUGGCUGGGAGGACAGUGAGUGCUUAGAGCGCAUCUUGAGUAAAUUAUUGUAACACUCUCUGCUACAAUGUCUGAAGAUAAACCCAAGGAGGGAGUAAAGACAGAGAAUGACCACAUUAACCUGAAGGUGGCUGGACAGGAUGGCUCAGUGGUCCAGUUUAAAAUUAAAAGGCACACACCCCUCAGCAAGUUAAUGAAAGCUUACUGUGAAAGACAGGGCUUGUCGAUAAGACAGAUUAGGUUUAGGUUUGAUGGGCAGCCCAUAAAUGAGACGGACACACCGGCACAGUUGGAGAUGGAGGACGAGGACACUAUCGACGUAUUUCAACAACAAACGGGUGGUCAUCGCUAAACCUCUUCAGAUUCCUCUGAUCUGUUUUAUUUGACUUGUUUUUCAAAUGUUAAAUUGUGCUGAUUUAUUUACUCUUGUCAUAUCCAAAUUCCCCAAUCCCCUAGUUUUCACUGGGUCGGCCUUGUGCCGCAGCACCCCUCCUCCCCUCCGCCCCCAAUUUUUAAAGAAGUGAGGUGGCGUAUGUGGCCAGUGGGCUAACCCGAGAUGGCCACUACAAGGUUUAAAAUGGCCUCUGCUGUACAAACCACAUUGUCUCUGUAUAAUAGCCAGAAUUCCAGGCUUCAGUUUUCGCUUAGAUAAAGUAAUACUCCAUUCCUAUAUUCUCAGUGUAUAUUCUGCCAAAUGAAGAGACCUGAUUAGUUUUUGUUUCUUUUGUGUGCGACUGUAAUUCUAUUUUAAUCCAGGUUCUGUUUGUUUGUCAGCUGUAAACAUGCCCAACCUUCUCUUAUUAAGUCUAAUGACCGAUUAAGAGGAACCUUUGCCCCCUCAUCUUUGGACCAAACCCAAAAAUAUGACUCGAUUAGCCAACAACACUUACUAAAAGACUGGGUUUUUUAUCAUAAAUGUCUGCAGUUUUUCCUUUAUUUCAUAUUUACCAAGGGGACAGAAACUGACAUCAACAGUUGUGCAAAACCUCUUACUUUUAAAAUAAAUUCACUUAAUUUGGUAAAGCAGAAAAGUGUUAUUUGCGGUGGGAUCAAAUGUAACUCACUGAAAACUAAAUUGUUGUAUUUGUCCCCUCUUUCAUGUAUUUUACCUGACUUCCUGCUGUACAGUUCAUAAGUCUGGUGUCCAUAAGGGUUGGGUUAAAUCGGCAUCCAUGUGGUCUCAUCUUUCUGUACUGAUUUGUACAUUAUGUUGUCCUUUACUACUGUAUACAAUAAAUAUAGUUUGGUACUCA